AUGUCAUCAACAGUUGAAGAACCCUCUCAGGCUGAGCGCCUCGAAGAUGUCGCCGUGGCAGGAGUGGGAGCCGAUGAUAAAGAAAGCGUUGGUGAUCCAUUAUCAGAAACUGCUCCCAAUGGGUCGGUUGAGAGACCCUCGAAUGGAUCAGAUGAAGUCAUGGAGGCGAAGGAGGAUGCAGCGGUAGAAGAGAAGCCACCAAUACCACCGCAAGCACCGGAGCGGAGCAAAGGGAAGGUUGCGUUGAUUAUGGGAUCGCUCAUGAUCGCUGUGUUUCUUGCUGCUCUAGAUACCACUAUCAUCACAACUGCCGUCCCGACGAUCACCGCACAUUUCCACUCUUCGGAAGCCGAUUACACAUGGAUAGGAUCAGCCUACCUUCUGGCAGCGGCAGCAGCGACGCCUACAUGGGGGAAGAUCAGUGAUAUCUGGGGUCGCAAGCCAAUCAUAUUGGUGGCCAACGCUGUUUUUUUCGUUGGCUCUCUCAUAUCGGCUUUGAGUAUCAAUGUCCAGAUGCUCCUUGCGGGUCGAGUCAUUCAAGGAACAGGAGGUGGAGGCUUGAUCAUUUUAGCUAAUAUUUGCAUAAGCGACUUGUUCAGCAUGAGAGAUCGUGGCAAAUAUUUUGGGAUGAUUGGGGCCGUUUGGGGCAUUGCAAGUGCUGUCGGUCCAAUACUCGGAGGUAUCUUCACAGAGAAAGUCUCGUGGCGCUGGUGUUUCUACAUCAACCUUCCCUUUGAUGGUAUUGCCUUCGCCAUCAUUGUCAUCUUCCUCGACAUUGAAACACCAAAAACACCCAUCCUAGACGGCUUGAAAGCCAUUGACUGGCUCGGUGUCAUACUCGUAACCGGCGGCACUGUCAUGUUCCUCCUUGGCCUCGAAUAUGGCGGUGUAUCCUUUCCCUGGUCCUCCGCCACAGUCGUCUGCCUACUGGUAUUUGGCGUCGUCACCAUUGUUCUCUUCUUCAUCAACGAAUGGAAAGUGGCCAAAUACCCCAUGAUGCCACUCCACCUCUUCUCCAAACUUUCCAACCUCGCUGCGCUAGGGGUCUGCUUCGUUCACGGCAUGGUAUUCAUUUCCGGCGCCUAUUUUUUCCCUCUCUACUUUCAGGCCGUCCUCGGCGCCAACCCCAUUCUUAGCGGAGUCUACCUUUUCCCCUUCGUGAUCUCUCUCUCCUUCACCUCCGCCUUCGUCGGCAUCUUCAUCAAGAAGACAGGGCACUACCUCCCGCCUAUCUGGCUCGGACUGUUCUUCAUGACUGUUGGCUUCGGUCUCUACAUCGACCUCCCUGUCGGUCGUACUUGGGGUCGCAUCUUUCCCUUCCAAAUAAUAGCCGGUAUUGGUGUGGGACCAAACUUUCAGGCACCUCUUAUAGCCCUACAAACCCUUGUGCCUCCGAGGGAUAUCGCAACUGCCACAGCGACUUUUGGUUUCAUUCGCAAUCUCAGUACCUCCAUCUCCGUCGUCAUUGGCGGCGUCAUCUUCCAAAACGCAAUGAAAAAGCGCGAAUCGACCCUAAUCGCAGCUACGAACCAGCAAAUCGGCUCUGCACUCGGUGGUGGUGGCGCAGGUGCCGCUACAUCAGUCGUGAAGAGUCUCCCAGAGCCAGGUAGACAUACAGUGAGAGCCACCUAUGUGGCAAGUCUACGAGAGAUGUGGAUCUUCUACGUUUGCGUUGCAGUAGUUGGGCUGGCCCUGAGUCUAUUCAUCAAGAAGAAGACGUUGAGCAGGACGCAUGAAGUGACAAAAACGGGCUUAGCGGCGGAAGAACACAAUCGGAUGGAGAGGAAACAGGAAGCUGAGAGCAAGAAGGCUAGCAAAAGGGCGUCUGGUAUGAACGGCAGGAAGAGUGGGGAUUUUACUGGUGCGACGGGGACAGCGACGACUCAAAUCACGGAUGCGGAGAAGACAAACGGCGACAACAACGUCUAA